ACAUACAACUCUAACGCACGCACGCAUCAAGCACGCGCGCACGCUCUAUCACUAACCCACAUACUAUCCGUCCUCGGCUCGCAAUUAAUCGUAGUAGUGUACUAGUGUAUUCUGUUGCUCCUGAGACGUACAAACGUGUGUGUACUAUUAACUUUCGACUGCACAACUACAGUUUAGAUUUCUCAUUUUUAUUUUUUUUUGAUUUUCAACAAUCGAAAUAAUGGCAAGAUUCGCGAUCAAAGCCCUCGUCGUCACGGCACUGGUGUGCCUUGUUUUUGACUUGGCCGCGUCCGAUGAGAAUCAUCAGCAACACGGAGCAGAGGACGUGCACCAGCAGAUCGUCGGACACGCGACGGCUGACAAGGACACACCCGAGACAUCUACAUCAUCCAGCUCAUUCAAAGACAAGUUCAAGGGUUUCGUGAGCAGCGUCAAGGAGGGAGCUUCGGACACGCUGGACAGCUUGAACGAGAAACGCAAGGAGGCGUAUGCUGGCACCAAAAAGCUGGUGAACGGAGUCAUCGAGAAGGUCAAGACCACGUUCAACAAAGCCAGCUCGGAGGAGGACCAGCCUAGGCAUCCGGAAUCAUCGUCGGAAGAGCACAUCAAGGAUGCCGCCGACAAGGCCAAGGACGCAGCCAACAAGGCCAAGGACGCUGUCGUUGACAAGACCCAAGACUUCAUGAAAUCCGAAAAGCUCAAUUGAUGAUCCGUUACGAUACCUCUCCGAUCACACUUCAUAUGCUAUAAUUAUAUAUUAUACCUAUCGUAAAAUAAUCACAUUAAAUUUUUCAUGUAUUAAACUGUGAGCUUCCUUAAACAUCCUAGACAAUGUUUUGUCCCCCAUCACCGCCAUACACGCGUGUUAUAAUAUAAUUAGACAUUUGUAAACAAUAUUGAAACUUGGACGGAUGUAUUUACAUUGAUCGUCUUGUAAACAUGUAAUAAGCGUUCUGUGGUGGGCCGUUUUCCAUUUUAACUUAUAUAAAAUUAUAAUACCUCUCCAGUACAUUUAAACUUUAAACGUAUUAUAUGUUAGCAAAUAAGUAUAAGAUCCGACAAUAUUAAUACUGUUAUUAUUAAUAUUAACACUACUCUCUACUUAGUUUUACACUAUUACUAUAAUAUGCGUACCUAUUCAUUCAAUUUGAUACAACAUUACAUUGUUUUUUUACCAAAA